AUGCCAGUACGUCCUGCUGCAUCCUGGUCAUCGACUUUAAGAUUACCAAAAUCCUCAUUCCCUCCUCGACCAUUAGCCGCGGAUCAGCCCAAAUACUUAAAACGAUGCGCCGAUGACCUCUACGAGUGGCAGAGCCGCGAGCGCUCUUCGCAGAAGCCUUUCAUAUUGCAUGAUGGGCCCCCAUAUGCCAAUGGGAGUCUCCAUAUCGGCCAUGCGCUGAAUAAGAUUUUGAAGGAUAUCGUAUGUAGGGUUAAACUGCAGGAAGGUCACAGGGUUGUCUAUGUCCCUGGAUGGGAUUGCCAUGGCCUCCCGAUCGAAAUCAAAGCCCUUGAGAGGCAAUGGAAGGAAGCAAAGGAUGCGGAGCACAUACUGGAUGCUGUUGCUGUACGCAAAGCAGCAAGAGCCCUUGCAACAGAGACUGUUGAAGAGCAAAUGAAAGGAUUCCGGGAAUGGGGAGUCAUGGCAGACUGGACCAAGGCCUGGAAAACCAUGGACAAAUCUUUCGAGAUCAAACAGUUGGGCAUCUUCCAAGAGAUGGCGAAGAGAGGGCUUAUAUUUCGACGAUAUAAACCGGUAUAUUGGUCGCCGUCGUCGAGAACAGCUCUUGCGGAGGCGGAACUGGAGUAUAAGGAUGAUCACUUGUCUACCGCUGCCUACAUCAAGUUUCCCCUGACGACCGUGCCGGAAUGUUUGCGACUGAAAUUGGGAGGCCUUGAUAAUCUUUCGGCUGUUAUAUGGACGACUACGCCGUGGACUUUACCUGCUAACCGAGCUAUGGCUAUUCACAACGACCUAGAAUACUCUGUUGUCAGGAGUGGCCCAGAUCAUUUGCUAAUCGCAAGCACAAGGCUUGACCAUCUUGCGAAGCAGUGCCUUGGCGAUAGACCUGUGGAAGUUGUCGCUGAAUCUAUUCUCGGCAAAGAUCUCCAGGGAUCCCAGUAUGUCAAUAUACUUCGUGGUGGGGGGUCUCAACCGCAGCCUGUGAUCCACGCAGACUUUGUCUCUGCAGAUUCUGGUUCAGGAUUGGUUCACCUCGCGCCAGGUCACGGAAUGGAUGACUACGAAGUAUGUCUACGUCUGGGGAUUGAAGCAACAGCGCCAGUGGACGACUUGGGCUGUUUCACGGAGACCGCGCUUCCAGACGAGCCCCAAGCAUUAUUAGGGAAAUCCGUUCUCGGAGGCGGCAGCGGCGAGGUUUUGAAAAUCCUCGGGGAUAAGGUGCUUGCUGUCCAUAAAUAUAAACACAAGUAUCCUUAUGACUGGCGGACAAAACUUCCCGUCAUAGUUCGAGCUACCGAGCAAUGGUUUGCGGAUGUCGGCAGUGUCAAAGACAGCGCGUUACAAUCCCUCACCGAUGUCCGAUUCAUUCCUGGAAGUGGGCGCUCCAGACUCGAAAGCUUUGUUAAGGGCCGAAGUGAAUGGUGUAUCUCCAGGCAACGUGCCUGGGGUGUGCCCAUUCCUGCCCUCUACAAUGAGCACGGGACUGCAGUACUCACCGAUGAAAGUGUUGCUCAUAUCAUCUCUAUGAUUGAUGAAAGGGGAAUCGAUGCCUGGUGGACAGAUCCCCCGGAUGAGCCAGCAUGGAUUGUCUCUGGGCUGGAGGGCUCGUACAGGCGUGGAAAGGAUACAAUGGAUGUCUGGUUUGACAGUGGGACCAGUUGGACCCAAUCAGAGCAGCAGGCAGACGUCUAUCUUGAGGGCACAGAUCAACAUAGAGGCUGGUUCCAAUCCAGCCUCCUAACACAUGCAAGCGCUUCCGGGAGAACCGGUGCUCCAUUCAGAACCUUAAUAACCCAUGGAUUUACCCUCGAUCAUACCGGGAAAAAGAUGUCCAAAUCCCUUGGCAAUGUCAUUGCACCUGGCCAGAUCAUGGAUGGGUCAUUACUUCCUCCGGUUAAGACAAAAAAGAAAUCCAACGCCCCCGUCUCCCAAGCUCUCGGAGCAGAUGCGCUGCGGUUAUGGGCUGCAAGCAGCGACUAUACUCGGGACGUCGUCAUCGGCGAACCAGUCCUUAAGUUCAACCAUACAGCUCUACUGAAAUAUCGGAUGACUAUCAAAAUGCUAUUGGGAUCAAUGCACCAGAGUGCCAGAACAGCGCCCCUCACCAAGCUAGACCAGAUUGCCCUUAUCCAACUGGAAGUUGCCAUGGCAGAAGUUAACUCCGCAUACGAAAAUUUUGAGUUCUACAAAGGUGUAAAUGCCAUCAAUAAAUGGAUCAACAACGACCUUUCCGCAUUUUAUCUCGAAGCGAUGAAAGAUCGAUUGUACUGUGGGGAUGGCGGCGGCGUGCUAGAGGAGAUCUUCAGCGGGCUAUUGAAAAUGCUGGCGCCCAUUACCCCAAGUCUCGUCGAGGAAGCUUGGGACCAUCGGCCAGAGUGGAUGGCAGCCGAGUCCGGAGCCCACCCCUCACUUCGGCCACUGAACGAACCUGUUAUUUCCCCUGAACGGGGAUCGGUCGACUCCACCAUUCGGGACGAUAUCACCCUGAUCCAGAGCGCAAAUACAGCCAUCAAAGCAGCUCAGGAGGAGGCACGAGCGGAGAAGCUCAUUGGAUCUUCGCUAGAGUGCUCUGUGGCUUUGAGUCUCUCUCCGGAGGCUUAUGCAGUCUUUACUCGCUAUGCACAUGAACUUGACAGUAUCUUUGUCGUAUCUUCCGUUCAGCUUAAUGGCCCGGAUGCGGAGCCGGAAGGGGAGUGGAAGUACUCUGUUGAGUUCGACGGCGGGCGAUGCAAGGCUUCUGUAUUGCCUCCUAAGGAUUCGAAAUGCCCUAGAUGUUGGAGAUAUGUCGCGCCGGUUGAUGAGCUCUGUCAGCGGUGCGAGGAUGCUGUGGGAGUAUUAUAG